AAAUUGGAUUUUAAAAAUUGAUCUUCAUAACUCGUUGAAUCCACAUGUUAAUGUUCUUAAUUAAUUUCUACCCAAUCUCUCUACUUUCGUAGCACAAAACAAAACCCUAAAUAACUACAAUUUGAAUCUCAAAAUGGAUCAGAACCACCAUUCAGAAUCACAAUCAACUACCGGAGAAGUAUCUUCAGCAACAGCAGUUCUACUAGGAGCUCUUGCUCCCGGUGUUAACGGAGCUACAUGGAAUACAUUAAAGUCUGCGUUUUUAAUGUUGGGUCUAUGUCUUGCUGUUAUGUUGGGUUUGGCAUUUUCUUCUAGUGAUAAAUGGUUGGUGCUUCACGUUGCGUUACUUGUUCUAAUUUGUGUUACCCUCUUCUUCCUUCUUAGCUGGUUUCUUGCAGAAACUGGUUUAGUCUCUGUUGAACAUCAAAUGCGAGAGAUGGGGUUGGACGUUAAGGCUCCUGUAGAGACAGACAAAAAGGGCGAAUAACUACUAGUAUCUUGUUGUGUUUCAUGAUCUCUGAUAAAUGACCAAAUUAGAGUACCUGGACAAAAUAGAAAACUAGGCUCGAUAUAUAUUUUCAAUUUUUGUAAAUACUUUACUCUCCUCCAUUUGAUGUGGCUUCAGGAUGCCUUGGGCUGCCGCAAGUGUAUAUAUUCUCUUUCUGUAUUUUAUAAGGGUAAUGAUAAAGAGAAUGUAAGGAGAUUUUGUAUUAAGGAAGAAGAGAUUAUAUAGAAAA